GAUCUGAUGACCCAGAACGGAAUCAGCUAUGUUCUCAAUGCCAGCAACUCCUGCCCCAAGCCGGACUUCAUCUGCGAGAGCCGCUUCAUGCGCAUUCCCAUCAACGACAACUACUGUGAAAAGCUGCUGCCCUGGCUGGACAAGUCCAUCGAGUUCAUCGAUAAAGCCAAGCUGUCCAGCUGCCAAGUCAUCGUCCACUGUCUGGCCGGCAUCUCCCGCUCUGCUACCAUUGCCAUCGCGUACAUCAUGAAGACCAUGGGCAUGUCGUCGGAUGACGCCUACAGGUUCGUGAAGGACCGGCGCCCCUCCAUCUCCCCCAACUUCAACUUCCUGGGUCAGCUGCUAGAGUAUGAGCGGAGCCUGAAGCUGCUGGCCGUCCUGCAGGGAGACCCAGAGCCCCUCCCGGGCCCGGCUGCGGGUGUCCCGCUGCCCCGGCUGCCCCCAUCUACCUCAGAGAGAGCCGCCACGGGGGGCACCGCCGCUGGGGCAGCCGUGGAGGGCGGCGGGGAGGCCGUGGCCGGCCCCCCGGCCACCAGCGUGCUGCAGCAGGGCCUGCGUGGCCUGCACCUCUCGGCCGACCGGCUGCAGGACACCAACCGCCUCAAGCGCUCCUUCUCCCUGGACAUCAAGUCGGCCUACGCCCCGAGUGGGCAGCCCGACUGCCCCGGGCCCCCGGACCCCGGUGAGGCCCCGAAGCUCUGCAAGUUGGACAGCCCGUCGGGGGGCGCGGCCGGCCUGCCCUCCCCGAGCCCGGCCGACAGCCCCAGCCCUGGCCCGGAGGGCUGCGCUCCGGAGGCCCGGCCCCGGCCCCGCCGGCGCCCGCGGCCCCCUGCCGGCUCCCCGGCGCGCUCCCCAGCUCACGGCCUGAACUUCGGGGACACGGCCCGUCAGACUCCGCGCCACGGCCUCUCCGCCCUGUCGGUGCCCGGGCUGCCUGGCCCCAGCCAGCCAUCCGGCCCCGGGGCCUGGGCACCGCCCCUGGACUCCCCGGGCACGCCGUCCCCCGACGGGCCCUGGUGCUGCAGCACAGAGGGCGAAAAGAGA